AUGGCAUCUCAGGCACCGAUUUCUGAUGCGGCGGUCGAAGCACAAGCUGACGACAAUCCGCAGCCUGGACUACCCACGGAUGCGGAUGGAAAUCAAUACAUCGAGGUUGACGGUCCUGAUGAUCUGGACGCCGACUCUGCCUAUGGAUCCUCAAUACAGAGUGAUCUCACCUCCCUGGCCUCUGAUAUCACUCGCGGUAUCUGGGAACACGGCCGCCGGUACCAUUCAUAUGGCAGAUCACAGUAUGCAUUUCCGAACGACGAGGCCGAAGUCGAGAGGCUUGACAUGCAACAUGCCAUGCACACCCAUCUGCUGGGAGACCGACUGUUCUGGGCGCCUAUCGACCCUGAAGCCGCCCAAGUAUUGGACUUGGGAACUGGGAGUGGCAUUUGGGCCAUUGAAUACGCCGACAUGUUCCCUGGCUCCUCAGUCACUGGCACAGAUCUGAGCGCCAUUCAGCCUGAAUGGGUUCCUCCAAAUUGUAGUUUCGAGAUUGACGAUGCCGAAGCCGAAUGGACAUGGGACGAGGCCACCUUUGAUUAUAUCCACAAUCGCAAUUUUGUCUGUGCGAUUCGAGACUGGCCGAAGCUCAUUCGUCAAUGCUUUCAAUUCGUCAAACCGGGUGGCUGGGUCGAAUGGCACGAGAAAUAUCCAUUCAUGCGCAGUGAUGAUGGGUCGCUUCUGGAGGACUCGGCUCUCUUUCACUGGGGAGUGAAGUUCUUCGAUGCCAGCAUUCCUUUCGGCACUGACGCCACUUCGCCUCGAAACCUGAAAACUUGGAUGGAAGAGGCAGGAUUCGUGGAUGUGAAAGAGCACAUUUUGAAGCUUCCCGUGGGUUCAUGGCCAAAAGACAGGCGCCUCAAACAGGUUGGCCUCCUCGAGAGCGUCAACAUGACCGAGGGUAUCCAGGGGUUGACCAUGAUGCUCUUCACGCGAUGCCUUCAUUGGACUCCUGCCGAGGUAGAAGUAUUCCUAUCGAGGGUGAGAAGGGACGUCAAGGAUCGGAAGAUCCAUUGUUACUACCAUUUCUACGUUGUAUUUGGGCGGAAACCCAAGUGA